AUGGACCGUCAGUAUGACCCACUAUCAUCUUGGAAGACACCCUCCUGGCCAAGCCCAUCGUCCAUCCAGCCUCCCCCCUCGCGGCGGUUUUCGACAAGGAGCGAUAGAGAAAGAGACGCACCGGACUAUGCUCGGGCCCUGUCCUCAGACGUCGAUCCAUAUGCUUCCUCUAUCAUCUCCUCAAGCGACUCCAACUCACACUACAGGAGCAGUCGCGGCAGUCGUGGCUCGAUAGCAAGCAGUCUACUAUGCCCUUUACUCGACUUGCACGAUUCUUCUCGUCGACAGUCCGAUGCUGGACUCAUCAUGCCCAUGCGUCCUCUACCAGCCAUCAAUCCAGCGUCUGAUCCAUCAGCUCUCUACAGCACUUCCCAUCUAGAUUCGGCUUACAGAGCUCAAUCACUCGUCAAACAGAGCAGUGGCACCGGUUCCGGCAUCUUAUCCUCCACCGCCAUGUCCAACAACAACUCGAUGUCAGGCGGUAACUUGUUUAUUCCUUUGCGUCGCCGAUUCCUACCGAAUUUGGAUAGAACAUCUUCGACCAGCAAACCGAGGGUAGAAACUCAGCUGUUGGGCGAAUUACUUCUUGCCCUCGAGGAAUACGUUGCCGCCUUUGGACGACAAGUCAAGGUUUCUCCCUCACACCAGUUCAGUCUAGGCGGUGGCUCUGCAGCCGCCGUUGUCGUAGCAGCGGCAGCAGCUUCGUCAAACGAUCCAACAAUGACCGAUCUGGCCACUGCUAAUUUUGCACACAACGACCAAACUCGGGAGCUUCAAAAUGUGCAAGCAUUAGAACUGCCCCUAUCGACAAAUGAUGAUACCACACUGAUCAACUUGGAUAGUCCUGAGUCCGACCGAUGGGACCUCAGCCUACCCGAUCCCCAUCGUGCGUCGACCGACGAACUUGAUGAAACCCUAAAAGCUGUUCAUCUCACCUGCCAAUCACAAAGUAAAGUCGACCGGACUUUGCUCGCCGAACUAUGUGAAGAGUUGGAAUAUGUGACCAGCGAAGUGAUAGACGUUGUUCCAGCAUUCGGCGAAAAACUGAUGCAGGGCCACUAUGGACCUUUAGCCGCUCGAGGUCACUUGGCAACCCAUAAACCUUUUCCUGUCUCUGAUACGACAGACCCAGAAAGUCAGACAAGUGCCAGUUGCCAAACGAAGUCUACAAGUGCACUGGAACGCUUUUCCGACCACGAGCCCGGCGGCAGCCAAGAUACGUCUGAUGGUGGAUCUGGAUGGUGGGCUGAAAGACUCUUGCGAGAUUUGCUUGAAGGCAUCGUGGCCGAGACCGUGGUCAAAUCAGGCUCAACAACAACCUUACUAUCGGCUAACUCAAACCUCUCUUCCAAUUUUGACGACUCUGAAUUGAAUCGUCUAUCGAACCAAAAUAGCAGCCGUCACCUCCGCAGCGGGAAGACCGGUGCAAGCGAGCGCAAGGCAGCUACUCAGUUGAAUUCAAAAUCUAAAAAUUGGCUCCGAAUAUCCCAAUCAUCCAGUUUAUCUCGCUCAACCUCAGUAAUUAAUCCCGGGAAAUCUGCUGGUAAUGGUCGUAAUCUGGGGUUCUCUCGGAUUGAUGAACGUGAAGAAGGCUCAUUGAUACCCGAUGCCAAACGGAAGGAUCUGAUUGUCGUACCUGACGGACACUAUCACUCUAAUUUGACCCGAGAACUGCUGGCGGAAGCUUCUCAAGACUCGAUCUUCGAGUACCGCCAUUCUUCUUACAAGGACCCAACUCUUCUUGACUCUAAUGGCCUGUCGAUGUCGGAGCAUAGAAACCCCUACCACAGUGCUAAAAAUGUAUACUAUCCGCAGCAAAGAGAAACCAAGCCGGUGGAUCUUCUGGGAGAGUCCGAUGGUGAGGGAGGGCUUGAGCGGAGUGAGAAGGCGGGGAUUGAUGACGAUCAUCGCCAGAAGCUCUUGGACGAGGGCCGCAAACGAUGGCUGGCAUUCAAAGCCAACCAAUCUGGCUUUGCGUGCCCUUCUUCCUCCCACCCGGCACCCCGGAACCCGAACACAACCCAUUCCACUCACUUCUUGGCCAACUCUCAUGGCCAUCGUGUUGGGUCCAAUAACCAUCAACCACUGGUGAACAAUCAGACCGGGCGUGGAAGGAGUAGCAGUUCUGGCUCGAUCAUGAGACCUCACCAUCACCAGCCGCAACAUCUCUAUAAUUACCUCGCCAAUCACCGAUCUUAA